CGCAGGCAAACUCGACCAGGCAUUUAUUCGCAAUUGCCAGCACGACUGUAGCUGCAACAGCGGCGCAGAAUGGACGACGAGUUCGGCGAUGCCGACGAUGCUCUAGUCGAGCUCGCAUCAGCGCAGGCCAAUCUAGCGCCGCGCCCGCCCGACCGAGCACCACCAGCCCGAGCAGGCCCCCCCAGAAUCCAGCAGCCGACGCCGCAGCGACUCGACCGGGCACCGCCGUCGAACGCAUCGGCUUCCUCGGGAGGCCCCAAGGUCGUGCAGCCCACCCCGCAGGCGCUGCCAGGCCGGGGCUCGGGGUCCUCGAUCCUCGUCUCUCCGCGGCAGAAGGGCAACCCGGUGCUGUCGUGCCUGAAGUCUGUCGCGUGGGAAUACAGCGACAUCCCCGCGGACUACGGACUGGGGCAGACCACCUGUGCGCUGUUUCUGAGCCUCAAAUACCACCGCCUCCACCCAGAAUACAUCUACACGCGCAUCCGCAACCUGCAGGGGCGGUACAACCUGCGGGUGCUGCUCACGCUGGUGGACAUCCCGAACCACGAGGACGCGCUGCGGGAGCUGAGCAAGACGUCGCUGGUCAACCGGGUGACGGUGGUGCUGGCCUGGUCGGCGGCGGAGGCGGCGCGCUACCUCGAGCUGUACAAGGCGUACGAGCACGCCGGCUUCGCGGCCAUCCGCGGCCAGCAGGCGGCCGGCUACGCCGAGCGCCUCGUCGAGUUCGUCACGGUGCCGCGCAACAUCAACAAGGCCGACGCCGUCGCGCUCGUGAGCGCGUUCGGGAGCCUCAGGCACGCCGUCAACGCCGAGCCGGAGCAGAUCGCCGUCGUCGGCGGCUGGGGCGAGAAGAAAGUGAGGGCUUGGUGUAAGGCGGUGGAGGAGCCGUUCCGGGUGAGGAAGGCGGCGAAGCGGAGCGCCCCGGCCGCGAGGGUGACGGGUAGCGGUGCCGGUGCGGGAGGGAAUGAAGGGGAGGAGGAGGAGGGCGAUGCGGAGGCGGAGGCUGUCGUGGCGGAGAUGGAAGCGGAGGGCGCGCCCAGUGAGAAGCAGCGGGGGAAACAGCCGGUAGCGGGCCGGGUAUUUCCCCCGGCGGCCCCGGCCCCGGCCCGCAGGGACGAGCAGCUGAGUGAAGGCGUAGCCGCGGCCCUGGCGCGGCUGAGAGAGAAGGGCUAACCGGAGGGGCCGAUAUUCCCGAAGGGAAGAGUGCCCUUUGCACCUUGCGCUGCACAGCACAAACACCGCAUGGUAUUAACACCGGCAUCGGUUGCUCGGCAUGGCCUUGGCCAACGAGCAGAAUGCUGGACACGAGACAUGCGUUCUCCUAUGCGGGGAUGCACAUCGUAUCGGUGGCCGUCCA